AUGGUUCUUCCCUCCCUCUUCGCCAAAAACAAGAAGAAACACCACGACCCGCACUCCAACAUUCACCCGCCUGCCCAGGGCACCCCUCCCUCGUCACCCGAGAAAAAGUCGUUCCCGCGCCUGGCCAAAGACAAGGACCGCGACCGCGAUCGGGACCGCCGCCCCAACUCCACCCACUCCAGCAAAAAUUAUUCCAAAUCCUCCCGAUACGACCGCGACUCGCACCCCCUCAACCUCCCGCCCGACGAGCUGAGACGGCUCUCGGCGCUGUCGACCAUGAGCGACCAUGGCACUCCGCAGCCCAUGGACGUCGACCGCGAGUUCACCUCGUCCCCAGUGCCCUCGAGCCCGGCCACCGCUCCCCAGGCACCCGGGGCCUUUCCGAAGACCGCCUCAAAUGGCACCAGCGAAGAGCAGGAGACCGGCCCACGGCCUCCACCUCACCGAUAUACCACCAGUCCGCCGCCGCAGUCACAGCCCGCACCGCAGGCUCAGUCAGCGCCUGGCCCACCCGCAGUAGAUGCGGAGGCAUGCAAGGCCUCGGGGAACAAGUUUUUCAAGGCGCGGGAGUACCAGAAGGCCAUUGAUGAAUACUCAAAGGCAAUCGACGCUGCUCCCAAAAAUGCCACCUAUUACUCCAACCGAGCCGCCGCCCUCAUGUCCGCCAACCGCUUUGUCGAGGCCCUGGAGGACUGCAAAGUAGCCGAUGAGCUUGAUCCGCACAACAUGAAGAUACUACUCCGGCUUGGACGCCUGUAUACCAGUCUCGGGAGGCCCGACGAGGCUUUGGCAGUGUUUGCACAGAUCGAACCUCCGGCUUCGGUCAAGGACAAGCAGCCUGCAGUGAGCAUGAAACAGCACAUCAAGCAGGCUGAGGAACUGCUGCGGACCGGAACUUCAGGAUCAAUGGUCAUACAUGCUCUCGAUCAGGCUGAAAGAGGCCUUGGAUUUACCGCAGAGAAGCCGAGAAAGUGGAGGCUGAUGCGGGGAGAGGCAUACUUGAAGAUGGGCAACGUCAACGCACUUGGAGAUGCACAGAACGUGGUCAUCUCAUUACUACAGAAGAAUGCACAAGAUCCCGAUGCUUUGGUGCUACGAGGUCGCAUUUAUUAUGCUCAAGGAGACAACGAUAGUGCCAUUAAGCACUUCCGCAGAGCUUUGGACUGUGAUCCAGACUUCACGGCCGCGGUGAAGUAUCUGCGAAUGGUGCAGAAGCUGGACCGCAUGAAGGAGGAGGGCAACGCUUCUUUCAAGGCUGGGCGACUCCAAGAGGCAGUGGGCAAGUAUACCGAAGCGCUAGAGAUUGAUCCCUUGAACAAGGGAACGAAUUCUAAGAUUCUCCAAAAUCGAGCUCUCUGUUACACAAGGCUGAAAAAUUACACUGGUGCCAUUGCGGACUGCACACGAGCACUCGAGCUCGAUCCCUCGUACACCAAAGCCAGGAAGACAAAGGCCAAGGCUCUAGGGGAGUCUGGAAACUGGGAGGAGGCCCUUCGGGACCUGAAGGCAAUUUAUGAGGCCAACCCUCAGGAACCCGGCAUGGCGAAGGAGAUUCGGAACGCGGAGCUGGAACUGAAGAAGAGCAAGAGGAAGGACUACUACAAAAUCCUCGGUAUCGAGAAAGAUGCCAACGAAACUGAGAUUAAGAAGGCGUAUCGGAAACUGGCUAUUGUACAUCACCCAGACAAGAACCCGGAUGACGAACAGGCUGCGGACAGAUUCAAGGAAAUUCAGGAGGCGCAUGAGACUUUGAGCGAUUCACAGAAGCGAGCACGAUAUGACAGCGGAGAAGACCUCAUUGACCCGUCAGAGAUGUUCGGAGGUGGGGGUGGAUUUGGCGGCAUGGGUGGCGGCGGCGGCGGCGUGCAGAUAGACCCUGAAAUGCUAUUCAACAUGUUUGGUGGUGCCGGUGGUGGGGGUGGUGGUGGUAGCCCCUUUGGCUUCGCUGGCGCGCAGGGUGGCAGCCCCUUCGGACAGCGCUCUGGCGGGCGGCGAGGGCAGCAAUAUCCCGGCGGCUUCCCAUCAUUCUAG